GAACUGCAAAGGAGCGCGGUGGUCGGACUGUCAGCUUCGCCUCCUAGUCUUUGAUUGCCAGUAACUUAUUUUCUAAAGAUUGCUGGAGGGAAAGGCUCAACGUCUCUUUUGGGAUUUUCCUGAGCAGAACGACCUCAUCGUCAUAAAACUGAGGCGCGAAUCCUGCUGACCGGCAACUUUCGGCAGAGAGGGUAAUUCUAUUUGAAGACUAAUCCUAACGCUGGGAUUCUUUGGGAAUGUCCAGGAGCUAGGAAUGCAGCGCCUCGGCCUCCUCAGCUUCCGGUCCUCAACAGCAACUGGGAGUCAGUGUGGCUGGUGCCGCGGGGGCCGCACGGAAACUCAACCGCGCCUGUUCCUCCACUGCGCCGGCAGGCGGCGGAGACGCUGCGCGUGCGCGCUGGGGAGACGGUGGCUCGGAGACAACGCUCGCAGGCUCCUCCCGUCUGCCGGGCAGCAUGAAGACCGCCGAGAACAACAGAGGAACCGGCAGCGAAGGGCCGCGGAAACGAGGUCUCUGCGUCCUCUGUGGCCUCCCCGGGGCAGGAAAAUCGACUUUCGCGCGCGCCCUCGCCCACAGGCUACGGCAGGAGCAGGGCUGGGCCGUCGGCGUCGUCGCGUAUGAUGACGUCAUGCCAGACGCGUUUCUCGCCGGGGCGAGCGCUCUACCGGCGCCAUCCCAAUGGAAAUUGCUUCGACAGGAACUGUUGAAGUACCUGGAAUACUUCUUGAUGGCUGUGAUCAAUGGGUGUCAGAUGUCCGCCCCACCCGACAGGACUGAAGCCAUGUGGGAAGAUUUUACAACCUGCUUAAAGGAUCAAGAUCUGAUAUUUUCUGCAGCAUUUGAGGCCCGGUCUUGCUACCUCUUAACAAAAACUGCUGUUUCUAGACCUUUGUUUUUGGUUUUGGAUGACAAUUUUUAUUAUCAAAGUAUGAGAUAUGAAGUCUACCAACUGGCUCGGAAAUAUUCGUUGGGCUUUUGCCAGCUCUUUUUAGAUUGUCCUCUUGAGACCUGUUUACAGAGGAAUGGCCAAAGGCCACGGGCGCUGCCUGCUGAGACCAUACACCUGAUGGGAAGAAAGCUAGAAAAGCCCAACCCUGAAAAAAAUGCUUGGGAACACAACAGCCUCACACUGCAGAGUCCAGCGUGUGCUUCAGGGGCCAGCCUGGAGGUGACUGAUUUAUUGCUCACUGCUUUGGAAAAUCCAGUAAAAUAUGCUGAGGACAAUAUGGAACAAAAGGACACAGACAGAAUUAUUUGUUCAACAAACAUUCUUCAUACAGCUGAUGUGACACUCCGAAGAAUUGUAUCUCAGACAAUGAAGGAAGCAAAAGGUAUGAUGUGUCAGUUAUGUGUUGAGUUGACAUUUAAGCAAAGAUGUGAAAGAAGAGAAAAAACAAACCGUCCGGGUAUCUGGAGGACCAUUCUAGGCAUUGAACACAUCAAGUGCAUAAGCCCAGAAGCUGGUUGUUUGGAAUGUUACAGAAUCGAAGAGAAGCCAUUGAGCAUGGCGCGAAGUAAGAAAGGGGGAGAGGUAGUCAGGGGCCAGGUGUCAGAUCAGCAUGGAAUUUGAAUAAAAUCAAUGUAUUUUAAAUCUGAAUUUAUAUAACAGAUGAAAUAUGUGGUAACUAUAGUUUUAUACAAUCAUUCCGCUAGGUUUUGAAUACUGUAUUGCUAUAUUUAAAAUUGGAUCUUUAAAAGCCAGCAACUAGCAUUUUUUGAGCACCUUUGUAUAUGUUAAGUGCUUUACAAAUAUUGUUUGUAAUCUUCACAGUCCUAUAAGGUACAUGUAAUUUUACAAAUGGGGAAAUGGAGGUUCAUAGAAGACCAAGUAACUUGUCCAAGACUGAACAGCUACUAAAUAUUUGGGUAACCUGGGGUCCAGAAUUACAUCCAGUUCCACUCUGAGUGUCCCAUUCUGCUCCCCUGCAUCAUCAUCAUUUAUUACCUUUACAAAAGCUUAGAACAUUGGAAAAGGAAACAAUAUACUAGCCAUACCGUUUUCAAACUUUUAUAAAACCAUGUUGUACAAGUUGAUUUUAUGUUGUAACCCAGUGUAUAACCCAGUACACGAACUCAUGUGUGGAAACAAGUUUCACAAAACACUUUCACUUGUUUAUUGAACUCUAUGUUCUACUUGAUUUUAUUUUAGGAAAACACCAGUUGCCACUUACUAAUGGGUUACAAUGCAAAGUUUGAGGAACAGAGGACCAAAACAGAAAUGGCAUUAUCAUUAAAAUAAAAACAGAGGCAGGCAUGGUGGCUCACGCCAGUAAUCCUAGCACUUUGGGAGGCUGAGGCGGGAGGAUCAUGAGGUCAGGAGUUUGAGACCAGCCUGACCAACAUGGUGGAACCCUGUCUCUACUAAAAAUACAAAACUCAGCUGUACAUGGUGAGGCGCGCUCAUGUAAUCCCAGCUACUCAGAAGGCUGAGGCAGUAACGAAUCGCUUGAACCUGGGACACAGAGGCUACAGGGAGCUGAAAUCACACCACUGCACUCCAGCCUGGGCAACAGGGCGAGACUCCAUCUCAAUAAAUGAUUGAUUGAUUGAUUGAUUGAUAAACCUGGGAUGUGGCAGCUGCAGUGACCCAAGAUCACGCCACUGCACUCCAGCCUGGGCAACAGAGCAAGACUCCAUCUCAAUAAAUGAUUGAUAGAUAGACAGAUAGAUAAUCUGGGAUAUGGCGGCUGCAGUGAGGUGAAAUCACACCACUGUACUCCAGCCUGGGUGACAGAGCGAGACUGUUUCAAUAAAUAAAUAAAGUUAGUUAGUUAGUUAGUUAGUUCCAGGAGUUCUCAUUCAACCAUUUGCCUUUCUUCUUUUCUGCCUAUAAAAUGAAAUGAGGUCCUGGGGGGUUGUCAGGAAUAGGGUUAUGCCCAAUUCACUCUUAUAUCCCACCCGUUUAAAAACAUACAGAUAGGCCAGGCAUGGUGGCUCCUACCUGUAAUCCCAGCACUUUGGGAGGCUGAGGUGUGUGAAUCAUGAGGUCAAGAGAUCAGAUCGAGACCAUCCUGGCCAACAUGGUGAAACCCUGUCUCUACUAAAAAUACAGAAAUUAGUUGGGUGUGGUGGUGUGUGCCUGUAGUCCCAGCUACUCAGGAGGCUGAGGCAGGAGAAUCACUUGAACCCAGAGGUGGAGGUUGCGGUAAGCCGAUAUCAUGCCACUGCACUCCAGCCUGGAGACAGAGCAAGACUCCGUCUCAAAAAAAAAAAAAAAAAAAAACACAUAUAUAUUUUUUAGGUAAGAGGAG